AUGGCUGUUGAAAGUCGAGAAGUGGUUCUUGAUGUUAAUGACCUACCAAAAACUACUACCGUCAGAAACCAAGACGAUGAUGCAUCACCCAAAACUACUGCCGACCCAAAUCAAGAAGAUGAUGCACCACCAAAACAGUUACCAAAGCCGUUGGCUGAAUUUAAACAAUAUGUUGACUCCAAAUUAUGUUACUAUUCCAAACCUCUGGAAAAUGUUGAACUCAUAAGUAUUGAGCCAAAAAUUGCCUAUCAGUGUACCAUGGAAAUACUCUUUGAAACAAGGUACUUACGCAUGGUAGUAAAGCCUUAUCCAUGGGAAAGUGGAAGGGUCAUGGGAAGCCGUUCAUUGGGUAAGCUGAACUGUCUGAUUUUCGAGACAUUAAUUAAUUAA